ACUCAAAAAUAAUUUUUGAACAUUUAGCACACAAAAAAAAUUUCACCUCACUUUCAACCAGUACCACUGUGAGGACCGUAGUAUUUUUCAAAUUUGAACCAAUCUACUCUUUUAACUAUCAAUUGAUUUUAAAAGAACUAUCUUUGGAACCAUUAAAUAUUCCUAUCGUCAAAUAAAUACAAGUCGAAAUGGGUGGUACUCGUGAAAAGAAAGCUGAAUAUUUCUCUAAAUUAAGAGAAUUAUUAGAAGAAUACAAAUCUAUCUUCAUCGUUGGUGUCGAUAAUGUUUCUUCCCAACAAAUGCAUGAAGUCAGAAAAUCCUUAAGAGGUGAAGGUGUUGUUUUAAUGGGUAAAAACACCAUGGUUAGAAGAGCCAUCAGAGGUUUCUUAGCUGACUUACCUGAAUUUGAAAAAUUAUUACCUUAUGUUAAAGGUAAUGUUGGUUUCAUUUUCACUAACAGUGAUUUAAAAAACAUUAGAGAAGUUAUUACUUCUAAUGUUGUUGCUGCUCCAGCUAGAGCUGGUGCCGUUGCUCCAGCUGAUGUUUGGAUUCCAGCUGGUAACACUGGUAUGGAACCAGGUAAGACCUCUUUCUUCCAAGCUUUAGGUGUCCCAACCAAGAUUGCUAGAGGUACUAUUGAAAUUGUUUCCGAUGUUAAGGUUGUUGACAAAAACGGUAAAGUUGGUCCUUCUGAAGCUACCUUAUUAAACAUGUUAAACAUUUCUCCAUUCACUUAUGGUUUAACUAUUGUUCAAGUUUACGAUAACGGUCAAGUCUUCCCAUCUAACAUCUUAGAUAUUACUGAUGAUGAAUUACUCGGUCACUUCGUUUCUGCCAUUAACGUUAUUGCUUCCGUUUCUUUAGCUGUUGGUUACCCAACCUUACCAUCUGUUGGUCACUCUGUUAUCAACCACUAUAAGAACGUUUUAGCUUUAUCUAUUGCUACUGAUUACACCUUUGAAGGUUCAGAAGCUAUCAAAGAUAGAUUAGCUAACCCAGAUGCUUAUGCUGCUGCUGCUCCAGUUGCUGCCGCUACCGGUGCUGCUGCUGAAGAAGCUGCUGAAGAAGAAGCUGAAGAAGAAAAGGAAGAAUCCGAUGAUGACAUGGGUUUCGGUUUAUUCGAUUAAACUGAUGGGAAUUUAAAUUUAUAAAUAAAUACUUCUUUAUGUAAAACUUUUAAUUUCUUAACACUUAUGUAAAAUAGAAAAAAAAUUCUUUCUAAUAAAUCAUUUCAAAUGUUGUAGAUAUAUUAUCGAUGUUGCAC